UAGAUACAUUUACAAAUUGAAAUAACGUAUUUGGAGUUUAAAAAAAUAUAUGGUUCACCUACAUAUGUCUAAAAUGAAGCUAUGUUUUGUACGUAACAAAAUGAAUGAAAUCAGAUAUAGCACUGAUGCAAUCACCCGCCAAACGAAAACAAAUUUGCGGGAUAGUAACAUGUUAAACGCGUUUCAGUAUUAAAAAUCAUUGAGAGAAUUCACCACAGACUUUACUGCAACAUUAUUUUGAGACGACAACAUUCUGCUGAUUGUUGUUUACAUUGAUGUGCAAUAGUUACUUGGUGUAGAGCAGUGUUAGCUCAAGGCCAAUUUGUAGUCGAAGGGCGGGCGGACAUUCAGCGGCAGUCAGUCGCGUAGUUUACGCUGUCUCCAAGUCACACGCGGCACGCCGCGGGGCGUCGCGAUGUUGCGCACUUGUUGCCUGAUGCUGUGCCUAGUGGCAGGGAGCCGACAAUUGUCAAUAUCGACUUUCGUUGUACCAAACGCUGUGGAAACGGGUCAGAAUGCGGAACUUCAGUGCCAGUUCAGUUUAGACGCGAGCGACACCAUAGCUCCAUAUGUUAAGUGGUGGUGGACACCGCUUUACGUCGAUGAAGAAGAAAGAGACAAAAAGCAGCUCUACCAGAGAUUGGAAAGUGAUGUCUCUAUUCUUCAUUCUAAUAUAGAACACUUAGGAAAUGAUACUAUACUAUUAACAGACAUGAAAUAUACAGACUCCGGCAACUACGAAUGCGAAGUAUUUGGAAUUACGGAAAUACGUAUGCAUAAAGAACUAAUUGUGUAUUUAAAUGGCAGUGGACCGCAGCUCAAUAUAUCAGAGGUAGCGGACGGGCCCGAUGACGACAGUGAGGAAGAUAUUCUACUAGAAUGCGAGGCGGAAGGCGUCUCUCCGCAGCCAGAGCUCUCUCUAACUGUGAAUGGUAAAGAGGUUGACAAUCUAACUACCCACGUGAUAAAUACCAGCAAUGGGCUUUACAACAUCAGCGCUAAUGUGACCAUUAGUAAAGAGGAAGUGGACGGGGCUGAGGUUCGCUGCGAGUUGUUCUACGAAAACCCGGACGUUACACAUCCACCUUACGUAGACAUCGAGUUGUAUGAUCCGUCAGGCGCAGUAGCGGCCGCCACGGACGCAAUAGAGGUCGCCACAUCGCCCGCCUCACACUCCUUACAUGACGAGAGUUCGGACAGUAAUGGACUUCGAACUUCGUGGAUGGUCAUUGUCAUGGUUACAAUUCCGAUAUAUCUACGUGUGUUGUUAUGAACUUUUUAAAUUAUGUGAUACUAAAAAUAAUAUAAUGCGUGUGUAUAUAUUAAAAUUAUAUUACAACUUAA